AUGUCCAAUGACACUCGGCCCCUCAUCCUUCCCCCGUCCACCCCUUGCGACUUUCUCACCCGCGUCCUCGAUACCCUCUCCCAUCCCACCACCGUCCUCAUCUGCGCUUCCCGCUCCGACUUUCUCCACGCCGCCGUCUCCGAGCUCCACGACACCCAGGCGCCAUCAUCACCAUCAUCAUCAUCAUCAUCAUCCACCACCACCACCUCGUCUCCCCCAGACGUUCUCAGGGCCACGCUCGCGCGGCUCGCUACUUCGCGCCACAUCCGCGUCGCGUUUGCGCCAAGCGUCGUCCAUCUACGCGCCUACCUCUCCGUAUUUCCCGCUACCAAGCCGGUCCCCGCGCCGCCACUGGUACAGCAGCAGCAGCAGCAGCAGAAGGAGAAGAAGACGCCGGCGUUACUGCUCGUGUACGGGUUUUUAGAUGUGCAUCGCGACGGCAGCGAGUGGUCCGCGCAGGGCAUAGGCUGCACAGCGGCGUGCGUCGUCGAGGCGGCGAGGCGUGGGGGGUUGCUGGCGGCGGUGAUGGAGCCGAAGGGGUGGGGGGAGGAUGAUGAUGGUGGUGGUGGCGGAGGAGGCGAGCAGCAAGAUGGGGAGACGAGGUGGGCGGCGUACGAGGAGCAGAUUCCGCUGCUGAGCACGACGGCGUCGGUGCGUGAGGACGGGACGUGGGGAGUGCCGUGCACGUCUGCCAGGACGGUUUUUCAAAGAUGGUUUACGUUUGAUGAUUCAUGA